UUUAAAUAGCAGGUAAGAGAAACUGUGUCAGUGCAUGCACCCCUCAGACACCACCAUCAUCAUCAUCAUCGCCAUCACCGCCGCAAUGUCCACCGCCAGCGCCGAGACGACCGCACAGCUACCCCCGGCCGCGGGCAGAGUGUUCUUUCAGCCCGGCGUCGGAUGCGCCGGUUCCGGACCGAUGCAGCGGGAUGACCCGGUGCAGAAAAAACAGGGAAAAGUGACGGUGAAGUACGACAGAAAAGAGCUGCGGAAGAGACUCAUACUGGAGGAAUGGAUCAUUGAACAGCUGAGCGAACUUUACGACUGCGAGGAAGAGGAAAUGCCGGAGGUGGAGAUAGACAUUGAUGAUCUCCUGGAGGUGAACAGUGAAGAUGAAAGAGCUGUAAAACUGCAGGAAUCACUGUCAGACUGCUACAAGCCUACUGACGACUUCGUACGCGAGCUCCUCGGCAGGAUAAGAGGAAUGCGAAAACUCAGCGCUCCGCAGAAGAAAAGCUUUUAAGUGCUCAAAGAUGCCAACGACAAUCCAGCUACCUGGACUACAGGUCCCACAAUCCAUCACUCAGCCUGAAGUCGACCUCAUACAGCCCUCAAGGACUUCAUAUCCCAGGAUUCAUUUCUGGCCCAGAAUCAAUAUAGCAGAGUUCAUUUUCAAAUGACCCGGACUUUUAGUAUACCUAAACUCAGUCAUCCAUUUCCCAUAGAUCACACAAUAAAUCCAAGAGUGUGAAGUUCAUCCGGGACAUAAUCAAACAAUUUCAGCAGCUGCUCGGGAUGGUCUGAUGUUCCUGUCCUCAACCUAAGGGUCUUAGACGACCAACACAUUAUUACACUGUUUGGUGCAGUAUUACAGCUAUUUUUUAUAGCCUUUUUUUUUUUUUUGAUUAAGUCACAUCCAGUUUUGUUUUUUGUUUUUUUUUAAGUAACAGACCAUUCUUAAUAGCUGUUUGCUUUUUCUGCUGAUCUCAGAACAGUUCCCCUCCCUCCCCCUUCAGUUACUGUCCUUUAGUAUUUUUCCAAUCAUCUGAUCCUGGAUCAGCAGUCAUGUUUGCCAAUAUCUGCCCAGUUAAAUUUCAUAAUUUUGCACGAGAGUUAUUCUUUCCUAGAAUCUACACUUAAGAAAAGCAUAUUUAGGGUCAUAAACUGUGGGUAAUGUUCAGUUUCAACUCAUAUAAUUGGCCAGAAUACAUAUCAGUCUGUCAUAUAACCAUCAUAAUUCAGUUUUUUUUAUAACUAUGAUAAUCUUUCAAGAAAGUUGAACUGUUCUUGAAAGGUCUGUGGCUAAAAUAACUACUUUCAUAAAGUGAAUAUGAUUGUGGGAUGUUAAAAGUUCAAAGAUUUUGGGUGGGCUAUGAUGACAGAAAGUUAAGAAAUAAGGCUAUGUUUGGAAUUAAAGAAAUAGUUCACCCAAAAAGAGAAAUUUUUCUGAAAAUGUACUCACCCCCAGGCCAUCCAAGAUGUAGAUGGGUUUGUUUUUUCAUCAGGUUUAGAGAAAUUUAGCAUUGCAUCACUUGCUCACCAAUGGAUCGUCUGCAGUGAAUGGGUGCCAUCAGAAUGAGAGUCCAAACAGCUGAUAAAAACAUCACAAUAGUAAUCCACACCACUGUAGUCCAUCAGUUAACGUCUUGUGAAGUCUGUUUUUCGCUUACUUGUCCCUAAUCCAUAAUAACACUUUGUGCCAGCUGUUUGGACACCCAAGACUAAAUUUCUCCAAAUCUGUUCUGAUGAGGAAAAAGCUCAUCUAUAUCUUAGAUGUCCUAAAUAUAAGCUGAUCAUGUUUUGGUGAACUGUUCCUUUAAAUACUAGAAUACUCAGUGCAUUGCAUUGUGGAAUAUAGUAUUCUAUACACUGCAUAUGCAAAUGCAUUCAUGUAAUGUAGCAUACUGCUGAAUUAGUAGCUGAGCGUAGUAUACUAGUAUGCUAUUGCGAACAUAACCUGAGAUUUGAAUACUUCUGCAAGUGAACAAGGGCUGCAUGAGAGUAGAUCUUAUUAACAGACAAACUGUGAUGAUGGUAAGUGUUCGUCUAACGACCGAGGUGUCUAGUUUGACUCAAGCCAUUAUUGAAAGCACGUAAAUCAUUAAAAUCUAGGCUUUUUUCUCUUUACACGGAGGCUGCCAAAGAAUAUAAACCGGCUGAAUAUUAGCAUAUUAUAAAGUGCUAUUGGUGUAAAUUGGUACAUGUAUAUUACGUUUCGCUGUAACAUUUAAUCUUCGUGUCAUUCGGUGUCAUACUCAUGGGUCAGAUUUGUGAUGGUGUAAAUUGUAUAACAAGGAAUCCAGGGGAAAAACUAUGGUGCUGUUUAAACGUUUAACCCUCUACAGCGAAUGGACGAUGUGUUUUGCAGGCCGAGAGAAAAGGGGCAAAAAUCGCUAUCCUGAACAUUUCUAUCGGCCUAAAUAUUGUAGAUUUUAAGGAGUUUGCGUGUUUUCAAGUACGUUUUGAACUUUCUCUCGGAGAAGAACAUUCAGGGUUUAGGCUGAUCUUGAUCUCUUUUUUUAAAUUUAUUUGCUUUGUUUUGUUUCUAAAAUGUUAGAGAUGUAUUUGAGUGUACGAAAGCUUUAUUUAUGCAUGUUUUACUGGCAUGAUAGGAACAUUUGGAUCGCUUACUUAAGCGAUGAUUUGUCUUUUUAUACAUUAUUACAAGUAUUACUCUUAUAAAUAUUAAAUUCACAACUUUUUAUUCAUUUUUAUUGACUGUAUAUCUGCGUUUUAGGUGUUUGUUUUUUUGUUUUGUUUUUUAGAUAUAUGUAAAGUGUGGUCUUUUGUGCUGUUCUACUUAAAAUAAAGGCAAAGUGUCUGAACUGUUAUAAUA